GCCUUUAUCGCCGCCGUCGAGCAGUACCCGUCCCGCCGGAUGAAGAGGCCAGCAACAGGCACUUUGCCUCCCCUUGUACAGUGCGGCCAACGGCCCGAACCAAGCCGCCGCUAUGCCGGACCCUGGAACAAGGGCGGUGCACACCCUGAGCGGGCACACCGUCGUCGGAGCAAACUGGCGACCGAUGCACUUUACAAAGGACUUGCCGCCGUCGCGAGUCUGUGGCCUCUGCCGCACGGUUCCCGACAGGACGGUGCUUCUGCCCUGCUCGCACUUCGUGUGCGAUUCCUGCAACGGCGCCAGAGACCAAGAUGGCCGCUACGUGUGUCCCUUGGACCUGGAACCGUUCGAUGAGGACGAGUGCGUGCGGAAUGACUUCCCUGCCACGAGAGCGAGCAGCCUCAAGGCCCAUUGCUGGAAUGAAUGCGACGGCUGCAUGUUCGUAGGCACCAUCGAAGCUGUACUGCUCCACUACGAGAAAGAAUGCGACUUCCAUGCUCUCCAGUGCCCACGGUGUGAACAAAGGAUACGGCGCACAGAGCUUGCAGCACACUAUGUGGCCGGAUGCUCGCGUCGUGAUCCGUCUUCGGGCUCUGCACAGAAUUACGAACGUGGUGAUACAUUUCACGUUCGUGACGUGAGUGCAACACUGGAUCAAAUGAAAUCUUUUUUGACAGGCCCGUGUCGCCAGCAGUUGGAAUUUCUUCAGAGGCAAAUGAAUGAACUCUUGGAACAAUUUAGGACCUCUGACACCGUGCGUUUGUCGGAGAUCAGCCACAUGGUGAGGAGUUCCGAGGAAAACUUGGUGCACAAAAUGGAAGAAUUCAAGUCCAAUAUCUGCUCUACAGUUACAAUAAUGAAUACCGGUCUGAAAGAGCUGAAGUCGCUCCUCAGAGACCCGUGCUCUGAUCACCUGCCCAAUCUUCAGAGCCAAAUUAACGAAGUCAUCGAACAAUCAAAGGCCCAUACGCUACCCUGGUACGGGAAAUGAACACUGCACUUAGAGACUCGGAAAGUAACUUAGAGGUAAAAAUUGAUACACUUCAGGCAAAUCUGUCUUCAAGGCUCACGCCGCAACUGCAGCGUCUCCAAAGAGCCCUAUUGCAAAACCCAGUAUCCAGUGCCCAGUGCCAUGCCUGAUUAUGGGCCCAGUGUCACGCGCUGGAUACUGGGACGCUGGCAAGGCGCGGCAUACUGGGAGGCGCUGGGCGCGGGGUACUGGUGCGAAAUGCAGCUCUAGAGCGAGAAAUACGCGGUGCCUGGGUACCUUAUAUAUUUUUUCAAAUACAAAAAGGAACAGAGAGCGCUGUAAUGCAAUAAAAAAGAAGAAAAAAAUGUAAAAACAAAAAUAGCCCCUAGGAUUCGAACCUCCGACCUACAGAUCCCAAUCCCAGUAUCUUACCACUAGGCCACGCCGAUUCGUGAUUGCCGAUUCAUAUUUUGCCAUGUCAACGCGCAGAGACAGUAGCAGCUUUGCACAGACGUCUCGCACAGACAUGGUAGAUGCGACAUCGCCUUCUACUAAAACUUACGCCUCUACCAGAACGAAAAUUUUCUCCGUAUUGCAUAGUAUACCUGGAAGUGCUGCAACACUGAUUUGCUUUUGCGAUUGGUAUAUUAACUACGAAAAAAGCCUUAAAUCAACCGCCGACCCGGGAUGUUGUACGGGCUGUUACUGCCCAUUUUGACAGCCGUUUCUUGUUCUUCGCGCAAAUGUAAUGCAACAUUUCCAUAGCUCGACAAUGCUUUUCAAUCGACAGGUAUGUUUAGCCACUUAUCUCCGUCAGAGAAGCGUUCGGUUAAUGCGGCUGGCAGCCUUCAGCAACAGCACACAUACGUAUGUUUAUAACGCUUCAUAUCGGCGCUCAUCGCUUGUUGUGCUGACACCGUAGACACGAAAGAAUGGUCUGUUUAAAAACACCGAUGGGUAAGCGGACCUACAGAGUGAUUUAUCCUCGUUAGACUUGUUGAUUCCUCAGCCUAGACGGGCCGAUAGAGUGUAGACGGACUCGGCGGGUACGGUAGGCCUAGCCUUCGGGGGAAGCAAGCGAUCUCGGUUUGGGUACCUGGCGAAUGGGAAAAUGUUUGUAUUUGAGCUUCAGAACCUUUUAACUAUUCUUUUUACUACACCAGGGAAAGUGGAAGCGCACGAAUCGCCGCAGCUUUGUUGUCGGUGCGAUAAUAUCGAUCAGCGGCAGGCUUCCUGAGGUCCGUUCGAAC